CGUUCGGCAAACGCAAUACGUACCGUUUUUCCAGAGGAGAGUGGGAGGCUGUCACUGCGGCAAAACACAGAAAUUAUAACCGACGAUAGCAGGAGUUUCGAUAUAAGCAGACAUUGUUGCUUUUGUACAACAGACUUGGGUGUUCGUUAUUUUGAGGUGAUUGUGCAACAAAGAGAUGAAUUUUGAGCAGCCCCCUCCAUACCCAGGCAGUGGCCCCACUGCUCCAGCCUACCCAGCCCAAGGCCCACCUCCACAAGGCUAUCCGCCUCAGGGUUAUCCUCCACAGGGAUACCCUAACAUGGAGCAGCCUAAUUCAGCAUACCCUAACUAUCCUGCUGGGCCAAUGGGCCCUGCAGGUCCUUAUCCUGGCCCAGGACAGCCUCCUUAUCAGGGGUACCCUGGACAACCACAGUAUGGCUGGCAGGGAGGUCCCCCUCCUGGGCCUAUGUAUGGGGAAGCACCCAAGAACACAGUGUACGUGGUGGAGGACAGGAGAAGAGACAACACAGGAGACACGUGUCUGACAGCCUGCUGGACUGCUCUGUGUUGCUGCUGCCUGUGGGACAUGCUAACAUAACACUAUUUCCCAACUGCUCACUCCCAUUACCCUCUUCAACCUAUCAUUUUCUCCCCCGACUGCCUUAAACCUUGCACUCCCAUACAGCCACCCCUCCAUUUCCUCUACAAGCCUUGUGCUCGUCUAUAAAUAAAAGCCUCAAUCCCAUAUGGAAGUCUCUUCCCAGCGCCACUUACAUGUAACUCUACCUUGAUGUGAAGCCGUCAGCACAGACUGACUUACUGACCCUGUCCAGGGACUACUCUGUAGCAGCUUGUAACUGAGCUUCUAAACAUGAAUCUGAGGCUCUGCACUGGAAUCACAAUACAGGCAGCACACAGACAAGGUGAAUACACAAAGAUACAUACACACAUACAGUAUACUUGGAUCUCAGGCUCAUCUAGUGUGAUGCUCUUUGGCACUUUAUGAUGAUUACCUCUGUAAGAUACUUGCCCGUUCAGCUAUCUUCCAACUCCCUAACCCCCUUCAGUUAUGCUAUUUACUAUGCCCACGGACCCCCCCACCCCACCCCACCCUAAGGGCCACUAAGACCCUGUUUAAUAGUGAGCAACAGGGUGCUCUUAAGAAGCUGCUUGCAAUGUAUCCCUUUCAUUUGCACACUAGUAGUUGUUUAUGUACAUUUUCAAGAGGAAUCAUAUGACGGUAAAUUGGUUGCGUUUUUAAAAAUGAUACUGACUUUAUGUUUGAUCUUUGUUAGCAUUCAUUGCCACAGUGGGUUUUUUUUUGUUUCAUUGUCAUCUUAAAAUGAAAUAUUAUUCCAAUAAUUUUUACCACAUACCUUUGAAGUAAAUUGUUUAACAGAAGAAACUCAAUGACCUGUUAGAUGCCUUUUUGCUUUUAAUGAGACUCUUGCAUUAAAAUUUAUUCCCAUGAAACGGAA